AUGCCGCGCGCGCGGGCGGGCGGCGCCCGUGCCCUGGCUGCGCUGGCGGCGGGGGCGCUGGCCUGGCGGGCCGCGCGGACCGCCUUCGCGGGGCUGCCGCUGCGCGAGGUGGCGCUGGCGGGCGCCCUGCUCGCGGGCGAGGCCGGGCCCAGUGGACUCGCCGAUCCAGCUCGGUCGCCCCUCGCCUACGACCUCGGUGCCUCCAGCGUGCAGCUCGCGAAGGACGUCGCCUACGGCGGCAAGACGGGGGGCGGCCUCGACGGCACCUACGAGGAGAAGGGCACGGCCAAGCUCAAGGACUUCGUCGACUCUGAGAAGGCGAUCGCCCAGGACCAGAAGUUCGAGGAGAAGUUUGACCAGUACAUCGGCGUCUUCGCGAUCCUCUUCGUGGGGGCGUUCAUUGCGCCCAUGGUGACCUACUUCUGGUACGUUCGCGACACGGACCCCUUCGAGAACUGCGCCGGCCCAGUGGUGAACUUCGCCCCGCCCGCGCACUCGUUCGACGUGUUCUCCCUGGGCGUGCUGGCGCUUCACCUGCUCCUCGGCAAGACGGAGGCGCGCAGCAGGCUGGAGGUGCUGAGGGACGACCGCCACGCCUGGGCUGCGAACAUGGCCAACACGGCCUCGCUCGGGCUGCCCGUCGAGCUGGUCUGGAGGAUGCUCGGCGAGCCGUCCACCCGCCCGAGCCCGAGCGAGGUGCUGGCCGCCAUGUCCGAGCCCGUGGCGCCGGACGUGCCCGCCGUUGCGCGCAGCCGCUCCCGCAGCGCGGACAGGAGGAGGCGCGAGAGGCGGCAGCGCUGGCAGCUGGCGUCCUCGGGCAGCGGGGGCAGCGCCGCGCCGCUGCCGGCUUCGGCACUGGUGCCGGGCGCCUCCGCCAGCACCGCCUCGGCCGCCGCAGCGCCCGCCGCCCCCGCGGCGGCGCCCGCCGCGGCGGCGCCCGCCGCCCUGCCCCCCGCGGCGGCGCCCGCCGCCGCCGCGGCCCCGCGCGGCGGCGCGGCGGCCGCGCCGGCCGCCGCGGCGCCGGCGAGGGCGCCGGGCGGCGCCGCGGCCGUGUGCAGCGGCGCGGCUGCGGCGUGGCAGGCGCAGGAGGACGGCGUGGACUCACCUCCUCUGCCCCUGCUGCCCCCCGCAGUAGAGCCGCCUGCAGCUGGUGCCCAGCGCGCCGCGGCACAGGCGCCGGGCGCCGCAGAGCGGGGGGCGCAGACCGGGCCCGAACCACCGCCGCCCGGCCCUCGGCCUCCUGCGCGCAGGGCCCGUUUCGAUCCGAUCGAGCUUCAGAUGGGAGACAGAGUGGGAGCGCAGACGGUGGCGAAGAUGCGACAGUGCAUGGACGGUGCCAGGGCGGAUCAGACGUCCAGCAACGAUGCGCUCGCGAGCCGAGUGAAGUACUGCAGGGUGAGCCACACGCGCGACAGGUCGGUGAUGAAGUGCGGCGCCUCCAUCAAGAAGGGCACCCCGCCCAAGAACCACCAGGAGAGACUCUUGCAGCUGGCGCUGGACGGCCUCGAGGAUCUCUGA